AUGAGCCAAGAUACACGUUCGUACGCGUCAAAUCAGCUUCCAUUUGGCGAUAAAGUUAAAGAAUUUAUCGAUGAUCAGAUUGCGGUACUUACAAAACCGGUGGACUGGAAUGGCAAGAUUCUCGCAGGUAGCACGAUGAGCAAGGAGACAGUAAAAGCGAUUUAUGAACACGUGAAUUUAGAAAGAGACGUCGUUAUUUCCACUCAUUUCAAUCAGAUUGCUAAAAUGUCUGUCGUUGAGCAAUUGACAGAAAUACAGCGUGUUAAAGAGAUUGAUGAGAAGGAGAGACGCGAGGAGGAAGACAACGUCAUCUUCAUCGAUAAGGGAAAGAGUAGCCUGUUGGCUGAGUUCCCGCAGCGGUGGCCUGGCGAUGAGCAUCACAGAGAUUCACAAGUAAAAAGAUAUGAUCAGAAGAUGUCAGUUUACAAGAGUAACCUUAAGCUUAUCAAUGACCAGAAGAAUAAGAUCGCAGAGUAUAAACGUCUCUAUGAGAUGUUAUCCAAAUUAUCAGAUGAAUCCAUCGAGCUGAAUUGCGAUGUAAUGGAACAAGAUACCUUUGAAGAAAUCAAUGACAGGCUCGAUGACAUGCCCAAUCAAGAUAUUAAAUCAAUCUAUACCGCCAACCACUUGGAUCUGUUGUAA